AUGAUUGUGAAUGUGUCCAAACUUCAGCAAAUAAUGAGCUUUGUGGUACUGGCCGCAGUGAUAGUGGCUGGCGUGCAAUGUUCCAAUCACGAGGCAGAAAAACGGGUCAUGCACAACAACAAUGACAGUCCUAUGCGGAUAAAAGCGCAGUCCCGGAUAUCCAUGACAAAGGGUGGAUACGGUGCUCGGGUACAGAUCCGCGAAGAUCUACAAGGACGGAAGCAUGCUCAUGCAAUGGCCAUCUGUGAUUGUAAUGGACAGGGUCCGUGGAGACCGCUGUUCAAACCAUCGCAAAUCCUCAAGACCGAAUUCCCUGAACACGAAUCGUUCCACGAAGAAGUGGACACUCACUACCGGAACAUGGUAGGGGACCACGUGGACAACCACUUGCGGCUGCCUCCAACACCGUCGUCCGAACAUCUGUCCACUGGACCAGACAGCGGUGGCGGGUUCAGUGGUGGCGGCAUUAGCUACAAUGGCGGUGGUUAUGGUGGAGGAGUCAGUGAUGGCAGUGGUGGCAGUGCUGGUGGUGCUGGCGCAGGACUCGGCAAGAAGCACAACCACAUGAUCCACUUGCACCUGAUACCGCACAUUUACGUGCCGAUCAUGCAUUCAGCUGGUUUCUCAGAGGCGAAAAACUAUCAAGCGACCAUUGAGGACGGAUCUUCACUAUCGUCGCCUGUCCAGAACUCGGUGGAUACGUCAUCAGAAUUUCACGCCGGUGAUGUGGCUGCUACUGGCGGGUCUGGCACUUCCAACUCUGGUGGUACUGGUGAAAAUCCCGCGUCUGUCACUGCAGGUCCGGCCGGUGACCACGAUCACGGUAACUUUAACGGACACUCGGGGGAGACGUCGUACUACACGAUAUCCGAUGACGCAGUUCAACACCUGCACCAGGACUUGCACGAUCAUUAUGGUAAUGGGAUCGAAAACAACAACAAUCACGACUACGAGGCUCCGCCUAACUCGGUACCAGAAGAACCACAUCAGUACCAGGUACACGAGACCGACGACCUUUCCAAGGACUACAGCAACAAGAAUCACGUGACGAGCGUGUCGUCGACGGCGGCGAUCAAACCGUCGGCGCACCACAACCAUCAUUACCAGGCACCGCAGCACAAGCACAGGAACCCCGUGGCCAAACCGAACAGAGGCAAGCACGGGCGAAAGUUGUCCAGCCGACAGGACCUGAAGAACCUGCUGGUGAUGCGACCUCCGCCGGUCGGACAGACGCAGACUUGGAGGUACGUGUACCGGCCGGCGAUGACCGGACAUCACCAGCAGUACUACCAGGCCAAGCAGCUUCCGCUUCCGGUGAUCAAGACCAGGACGGUGCCUCUCAUCCUGCACAUCCGGCAGAGGUCGGACGACGAUUGA